CCCCUCAAAUCAAGACCCUGUGACUGGUGGUACCCCACCUCUAUGCUCCCUCAGUAAAGCCAGCCAGUCACACAGCCGAAAGAGUUUGGACUGACCAGGUGGGCCACUGCAGAAGACCCCACUGACCCCUGGCCUCCAUAAGCGACGUUUUAGACAAAAGGGAUCUUGCAGUCUUCCUAGUUUAUAGCCCCCCUCUCUAAAACUCUGACUCAGCACUGUGAUUAAACCUAACCUUGUCUUCAUUCUUCAGUCCAAACCCCAUCCUAACCAUGGGCAAAGUGCUAUACCUAUCUAAUUUAUUUCUAGCUAUCAAAGCAACCUAUGUUGCUAUACAAAAAUCUGACAGUGUAAAAUAUGAACUAUAGGGGUGGUGGGAAGGUGGUAGCGAAAAAAAGAAAAAGGAAAAAAAAAGAACUAUAGAAAGGAAACCACUCAUGACCUCACACCUAUUCAAGCUGAAAACCCAAACCAGCCCUGCUCUUCAUGACAUGACAAGCAGUGCCCUGUCUGACAUCGAAACUGACCAAGUCACAGACCUCCAGCUCACCCUCUGCCUGCCCAGACCUCACCACUUCCCCUGCUGGACUCAAACCUCAACCGCACUAAAUCAACCAAAUCCCAAGUCUAAACUAAUUGGAAACUUUUAAAGUAACCCAGUCCUUAAACCUAAGCUAGGCCAAUGCCGAUUAUAUCUACCCUAGCCAAACCCGAACUGCCUUUGCCAGUCCAAAGUAUCCACUGAGUCCUCACCUUGGUCUUCACCUAAAAUCCCAGAAAAGCAUAUUUCCCAACUGCCCAUGUCCCUCCUUACAGCAGCUAACCCUGGCCUCUGGACUCCUGGUAUCCUGGGAUGUCCAAACCUUGCAGUGCCAUCAGCCAAGAAGCCCAGCUCAUCAAAUGCACCUCUCUCCUGUUCCCACCCUCGCAGACUGAUGGAAAGGCCUCACUGAAGUCCAACUUUUCCCCACCUAACACCAAGAAUGGGGUGGCCCUCCACACUGCCACCAUCCCCUGAGAGCGAACACUAAACCUCCUUUAAUCUAACCCCACCCUAAACUUUCCACACUCAGGAAUAUGCCCAGCAUAUACCCAAAACUAGCUCCAUGAGGCAGCCUGACUCUGGUGGUCUAACUCUGUACCUUGCCUCUUAUGGCCGACUGUUCUUGGCGGCCGCCUCUCUCCUGCCUCCUCCCUCAGGGCUGACUGUGCUCAGCCUGCCAGCUCUGACUGUGCUGUCUCCCACUCUUUGACUCCCCUCAAGCUGCAGAGGGACUGGGAGAUUGGCAGAAGUAGGGCACAACUAGAACACAGGCAGGUCGACCAGUCCAUAGGCCUGGCCCCGUCCCUCCAUGUACACACACAUACAUGUUGGCACACACACAGUGACACGCAUGCCAAAGACUCUCUCAGCUGACACACAGAUAUACUCUCUACUGAUAGACACUCAUGCGUGCCAAGUCUUCAUCCUCAACCACACACAUGCCUGCUCUCUCUCUCUCCCCUCUCGCCAGGAGUGUUUCCCCUCCUCCAUCCCCUCUGCCUCCCAUCUGGUGUCCCACCCUCACCCCAAUCCCAGCCCAAGGAGGGGACAGACACCUGAGGGGCUGCCAGCUGCUUCCCUGCAUGGUCCCAGGCCGAACUCAUGCUUCCCGUCCAUCCUGCCCACAGGGGACUCGUGGGGGAUGUUAGCGUGCCUGUGCACGGUGCUCUGGCACCUCCCUGCAGUGCCAGCUCUCAAUCGCACAGGAGACCUAGGGCCUGGUCCCUCCAUCCAGAAAACCUAUGACCUCACCCGCUACCUGGAGCACCAACUCCGAAGCUUGGCUGGGACCUAUCUGAACUACCUGGGCCCCCCUUUCAACGAGCCUGACUUCAACCCUCCCCGCCUGGGGGCAGAGACUCUGCCCAGGGCCACUGUUGACUUGGAGGUGUGGCGAAGCCUCAAUGACAAACUUCGGCUGACCCAGAACUAUGAGGCCUACAGCCACCUUCUUUGUUACUUGCGUGGCCUCAACCGUCAGGCCGCCACUGCUGAGCUGCGCCGCAGCCUGGCCCACUUCUGCACCAGCCUCCAGGGCCUGCUGGGUAGCAUUGCGGGCGUCAUGGCAGCUCUGGGCUACCCGCUGCCCCAGCCUCUGCCUGGGACUGAACCCACUUGGACUCCUGGCCCUGCCCACAGUGACUUCCUCCAGAAGAUGGACGACUUCUGGCUGCUGAAGGAGCUGCAGACCUGGCUGUGGCGCUCAGCCAAGGACUUCAACCGGCUCAAGAAGAAGAUGCAGCCUCCAGCAGCUGCAGUCACCGUGCACCUGGGGGCUCACGGCUUCUGACUUCUGACCUUUGCCACCUCCUCUUCGCUCCCCCUUCAAACCCUGCUCCCACUAUGGGAGAGCCAGCCCUGUAUGCCAACACCUGUUGAGCCAGGAGACAGAUGCUGUGAGCCUCUGUCCCUCUCCUGGACCAGCUGGGGGUGUGAUGCCAUCAGCUGUGUCUCCUCCCCACCUCCCAAAGGUCUACUGAGCUGGGGAGGAGGUGCCGUAGACCCUGUCCUGUCCCGUUUCUACAGGAAGUCAUGCUCAAGGGAGUCUGAAGUUGCUCAAGUUGGUGCAAAGGCUCUCAUGGCCUCCUGCUUCUUGCCCACCACUUGGCCAGUGCCCACCCAGCCCCUCACGGGGGCCGGGGUUGAGGGGCCACCACCACACAUGCCUUUCUGGGGUGAAGCCCUUUGGCUGCCCCACUGUCCUUGGAUGGGUGUUGCUCCCUUACCCCCAAAUCACUCUAUACAUCCAAUUCAGGAAACAAACAUGGUGGUAAUUUACACAAAAAGAGAUGAGAUUAACAAUGCAGGGCUGGGGUCUGCAUUGGAGGUGCCCUAUAAACCAGAAGAGAUAAUACUGAAAGCAGAGGGGCAGGGGCAGACCAGACCAGACCCAGGAGUCUCCAAAGCACAGAGUGGCAAACAAAAGCUGAGCUGAGCGUCAGGACCUUGCCCCGAGUUGUCUUCCAGCACGAUAGUGCCUCCUCUCUGCCCCCUUUCCCAGGAUAUCUGUGGGCUGCCCAGGCUGGGGAGGGUAACCAUAGCCACACCACAGGAUUUCCUGAAAGUUUACAUUGCAGUAGCAUUUUGGGGUGUGGGGUGGCAGCUCCCCCAGGCCUUGCCCCCAGCCCCACCCACUCAUGACUCUAAGUGUGUUGUAUUAAUAUUUAUUUAUUUGGAGAUGUUAUUUAUUAGAUGAUAUUUAUUGCAGAAUUUCUAUUCUUGUAUUAACAAAUAAAAUGCUUGCCCCAGAACUUA